GACAGCGCGGGUCAGAGGUCGAGGCGGAGCGGAAGUUGUUGGCCGCCUCUGGCUCGGCAGCAGCAGUUAGCAUUAGCCGGGUAAUCACUCCCACGUCUCUGUUUGGCUUCUGUCACGGGAGGAUUAAGGAGAAAUCACUUUGAAAUGCCCCAGAGAUGAGUCUGCAACACCCGGGGGAAUGACUUUCACCUGGAUCAACUCUGAAAACGAGGACGUGCUGACGUAAAGAACCCGGAAGUGCUGGUUAAGGCCCAAUCAGGCGGUGACAGGAUGAGUGGUAAAUAUGGCUUGGUCGGCUACAACAGUUCGCGGAAGCACAUCUCCAUCUCCAUCCCCUCGUCUUCGGAGCAGGUCAUGUCUCCUCACAUUAAGUCUGUGGAGGAGCUGAGGGUUUUGGGCAUAAACCUGAGCAGCUUCGGUGCUCCCACACAGUUCCUCAUCUGUGUGGCUGGGGUCUUCCUCUUUUACCUCAUCUAUGGAUACCUGCAGGAGCUGAUAUUUUCUGUGGAGGGAUUCAAGCCUUUCGGUUGGUACCUCACUCUGGUCCAGUUUGGGUUUUACUCCACGUUUGGACUCAUCGAGCUGCAGCUGACACAGGACAAACGCAGAAGGAUUCCAGGAAAGACCUAUAUGAUAAUAGCAUUUUUAACCGUGGGCACCAUGGGUCUGUCAAAUACCUCUCUGGGCUACUUGAAUUACCCCACACAGGUCAUCUUCAAGUGCUGCAAACUAAUACCUGUGAUGAUCGGAGGAGUGUUUAUACAAGGUAAACGGUACAAUUUAGCAGAUGUGUCUGCAGCCUUAUGCAUGAGUUUGGGUCUGAUCUGGUUUACAUUGGCCGACAGCAAAGUAGCGCCGAACUUCAACGUUACAGGCGUUCUCCUCAUUUCUCUGGCCUUGUGCGCCGACGCUGCUAUCGGAAACGUGCAGGAGAAGGCGAUGAAACUGCAUAACGGCUCCAACUCCGAAAUGGUGCUGUAUUCGUACUCCAUCGGCUUUGUGUACAUCCUUGUGGGCCUGCUCUGCGUGGGCGGGCUGGGUCCUGCUGUGGCCUUCUGCUCCGAGCACCCUGUAAAAACGUACGGAUACGCGUUCCUCUUCUCUCUUACGGGUUACUUUGGGAUCUCGUUCGUCUUGGCCUUGAUCAAACUAUUCGGGGCCUUAGUUGCAGUGACAGUGACCACUGGACGGAAGGCCAUGACUAUUGUUCUCUCCUUCAUGUUCUUCACAAAACCUUUCACUUUUCAGUACAUUUGGGGUGGCCUUUUGGUGCUCUUUGGCAUCUUUUUGAAUGUUUACAGUAAAAACAAAGAUAAAAUGAAGCUUCCCUCAUUCAAGGACCUCAGGAGUUGGCUUAUAACAGGAAAGAAAGUCAGAUUUCUGUCCCAAAAUGUAUAGGACCAGAAGGGAAACAUGGUGGGUCCAUUUGAAUCAGUGGAUGUGCUGAUCGUGCAUCCACCCCCCAGAACUCUUUAGCAUCAACAAUGAGCCACGGACGGGUCACUGGCCUGACCCCCACCCCUCUCUCUCUCUCAAACGGCUGUGCCAUCCCACUCUCCUCAUACACCACGGGUGUAGGACUGAAGGACUGAAGGACUUUGAACAGAUGGAGUGGAGAGUUUGGACACAAACAUUCCUGUCAUGGAGGACACUAUGAGUCAGUUUAAGCUCUAAAGGGAAGCCAGGGCCUUAGCUAACCAAAUUGCAGAGUUUGCACUGGAAUAGACUUGCAUUUUUGUACAGUUCAGUGACUGAACUGAAGCAUCUGAGUGAAGGAGUAAAAUCAUGUAAAACAGUGAAGUGAAUGUGUGUGUGGGACCGAGCUCACACUGAAUAAGGCCGUCUGCCUCCGCAUGUGCCACGACACGCCUGAGCAUCCAAAACACGAUUUUUCACUCAACUUUAUACCUGACUGUUCUGAGAUGUGUCAUACAUGUACUGCAUCCAAGUAUAAAUGUAUGUACAUGUACUUCAUCCAAGUAUAAAUGUAUGUACAUGUACUUCAUACAUGGGAGUAAAUGUAUGUACAUGUACUUCAUACAUGUACAAAGGUGUAGUACAUGUACUAUGUACUGUACGGUGACAGUGGGAGUGUGGAGACUCUAACUGCCGUUUGUUGCCGGGUUAAAGGGCGUCACUUUUAAUAAAAACAAUGUUGAAUUUUG